AUGCACUGGUUCCUGAAUGACCUCACCUCACGAUUCCAGGCACUGUAUGAACUAAAUACUCUAAUGCCCAUGGAUAAGAUCCGGAGUGCUCUGGCGUGUGUGUGCGCCGUUGGGUGGCUUGAGAGCGGAGUCUCCCUCGGUGGCGCUGGGACGCUGUGGGUGGUCUCUCCGAGGCGCCUGUGUGUGUGGAUGCGGGAGAGGCACGAUAUUUUUUUGGGAGUUGGAAGGAUGAGUUUGGCCCGUGUUCAGCAGAUCAAGGCUUUUGCCUCCUACAAGAAAGAAGCCAAGGCCAUGGCAGCAGAGGGAAUGCUGGAGAGCUUAGAGAUGCAGAACCCACCGUUGCAGCUGUAUGAGAGCCUGCUCUGUGUAACCCAGGUCUCGGCCUCUGACCCUCACUGA